ACUAACAAGGCGGUUCUAAGCGAUCAGAAAGUUUUAGCAGCGCAAUCAGCAAAAGUUUCAUCGCAAAAUUUCAGCUACUCCAAAGAUGGCAAAUGCUCUAUGGCUACGGCUCAGCGCAUUUCUGUUCCUGGCAAUAUUGGUACUUGCGGCUGCAACAAGUUCCCGUCACGAGAUAUCCGAAACUCAGCGGUGGGAAAAUAGACGUGGCCCCACUAAUAUUGAUGAAUACGACGAACGUUUGGUUUACAGACAAAAAACGGAUGUGAAUGGGCGAGCUGAAUACUCGACAACUCGCCGGGACGAAAGCAGCAACGUAGAUCUCAGGCGUAUGCCAGGAGAUUCUUCCCGAAUAGAACGAAGGGAAGAGCGCUUGGAAAGGAACGACAUGAGGCCAACUGAGCGUGAGGAGAAUCUUCGCCGCGACUCAUUGCGAAAGGAUAAACGCGAGCAGCAUGAUCUAACAAGACAUCUCGAACAGGAAGAGCGAAUAGAUAGGGCACGAGUUUCAGAAAGGCAACUGCAAGGAGGCGAACGACAACUAGAGCGAAGACAGGAACAGUUUGCUUCAGAAAGAGAUAGUCGUGUUAGCACACGUAGAGAAGAGCGAGAUGCAUCACCUAAAUUAGAGCGACGAGAGGAUCGAGAGGAUUACCGACGAGAAGAACGUGAUAUCACAAGGCGAGUAGAGCGGGAUGGUGAACGACGGGAGAACCAGCAUAAUCUGAGGCGCCUUGAACGAAGUGUUUCACGCCGUGAAGAACGAGAAGAUCGUGAUCUCUCUCCUAGUCAGGAGCAAGAUAUCUCACAACGCCUUGAACGGAGUGGUUCACGACGAGAGGAACGAGUUGUUCGAGAUAGUAGGCGAGUAGAAGAGCUGAAUCUAUCAAGUGAGCAACCCCGACGACAAGAACGAGGCGUUUUACGGCGUGAGGAACGAGAAGUUUCACGCCGUGAAACUCGAGAUAAUACCCGGAGAGGGGAAGAAGAACAAGAGCGACAACACGACAGACAGGAUUCCCGACGAGAGGAACGUGAUGUCGAGCGAGAUGGUGGACGACGGGAGAACCAGGAAGAUCUGAGGCGCCUUGAACGAAGUGUUUCACGCCGUGAAGAACGAGAAGAUUUUAGGCGAGAAGAUCUUGAUCUUUCACGAAGCCAGGAACGUGAUGUUUCCAGACGAGUUGAACGCAACGAUGAAAAGCAGCAUAAUAUGAGGCGCAUUGAACGACGAGAAGAACGUGAAGAUACUAGACGAGAAGAUCGUGAUAUUGCGCGAAGUCAGGAACGAGAUGUCUCGCUACGAAUUGAACGAAGCAAUCAAGACGAUCUAAGACGUUUCGAGCAACGUGAGCAAGAUGUGUCACGCCGACAAGAGCAACGAAGGGAACGAGAAAACGCUCGACGAGUUCAAGAUCGUGAUGUAACAAGGCGAAUUAAACAAGACAAUGCCCGACUAGAGAAUGAGGAUGAUAUAAAGCGCGUUGAGCGAGAGGAAUUACAAAGGGAAACACGUGCAGCUUCACGACGAGAAGAGCGAGAGGUUUCACGACGAGAUGAACGAGAGGUUUCACGACGAGACGAGCGAGAGGUUUCACGACGAGACGAGCGAGAGGUUUCACGACGAGAUGAACGGGAGGUUUUAAGACGCAGGGAACGAGAAGCAUCACGACGAGAGGAACGUGAGGUUACACGACGAGAAGAACGAGAACCUUCACGACGCGAACAAGAAGCAUCACGACGAGAUGAACGGGAGGUAUCACGGCGAGAGGAUCGAGAAGAUUUACGACGAGGAGAACAGGAAACUUUACGACGUGAAGAACGUCAAGCUUUACGACGUGAAGAACGAGAAGAUUCACCACGGGAAGAUCAGGAAGCUUCACGACGAGAAGAACGAGGACUUUUACGACGAGAAGACCGUCAAGAACGAGAUGCCUCACGACGAGUCGAACGAGAAGAGCAACGACGCAGUGAAAGGAACAUGCGACUAGAGGAAAAUGGUCGUAUUGCAGAACGAGAGCAACGUGAUAUACACAGAGAUUCCGAAACCAAGUCGUCGAAUCGCCGAGAGAAUAUGUCAUUAAACACCCCAGCAACAUCUGGCAAUUGGCUAAGCUAUGGAAAACGAGAGCUUUUUGUUACCGCUCAAGCAAUGCUAUUGGCUGUUAUCUAUAGCAAAUCCAGUGCUAAUACAAAAGGAAUCACUGGCCUAGGCACAACUCUGGGUAAUCACAUUCAAGGCUAUAUGCAGGCCAUUGGUUUUUAAACCAACCAAUUGAAAUUCGGACGCAAGCAUUAUACGAUGUACCUUAAACCAAAUCACGACCCUGGAACUGGCUUUUUGUCAACCAACCCCUCCAAAGAAAAAAUAAAAAAUAUACGUACUACCUAUUUAAAGUCGUACUUAUAUUUAGUGAGCAACGAGUUUAACGCUGAGUGUGGAUUAAAUGUAAAGAGAGAUAGAUAUAUGUAUAUGUAACGUAACGUAUCUACCAUAUAAUCCAUUUGUUGGUUCGCUGUAAUCUGUAAACUAACCAAACAACAAGCAAAAUAUAUUUAAAAGAUACUUAGAGUUCAA